GUCAACAUCUUUCUGCUUUAUUCUUCAACAUGAACGACGUUUCAAGAGAAUAUUUCUGGGGUUGUGUGCUCAACAAAGAAAAUCCUAAAGUAACGUGGACGUUUGAAGAGGAAGAGGAGGAUACAGAUUUUCUUAUUCACACACUAUUUUUGAAACAGGCAGUACUUGGACAAGCAGCGGUGCAGGAUGAAAGAAAUAUAGUAUCUGUACAGACAAAAAACUUUGACAACGAACAAAUCAAACAUCCUGUAGUUUCUUUAACACUGGGCAGAAAUGAUAUGUGGAAUUUAGAUUUAAGUUUUGGACAUGAAAAUCCAGUUGUAUUUGAACUAGUUGAAGGCACUGGUCCAGUUCAUCUGACAGCUCAACAAUUAGUAGAAAUGCCAGAUGAAGGGAACUUGAGUCAGGAUGAAUCAUGUACGGAGACUGAGGAAGACGAAGAACUGGUGGAGGAGGAGGAGGAACCAAUGAAGACAAAAAAGAGAAAAGCUUCGUCGACCAAAGCACCAGUAAAAUCCAAGAAAGGAAAAAUGGAGGUGAGUAAGGAGUUUGAAUGCAUCGUAUUAAUCAAGAAACUAAAGGAAGAAGACAUGGAAGAUGACGAUGAUGAAGAUGAAGAGGAUGAUGACGAUGAUGAAGAGGAAGAGGAAGAAAGUGAGGAAGAAAGUAGUCCAGAAAAAGUCAGCAAGAAGAAAAAGAAGGCUAAGGAGACAACUAAGGCUAGUUCACGCAAAGGAAAGGUGACCAAGGCUUCCCCUGUCAGAGGAAAGACCAAGAAAUCCAGGAAGGCUUAAAUUGUUUCCGACAUCGAGGACGUGCUGGAUUUCACCGAUAAUGUUGACAAGUGUCCGUAAACAU